AUGCCGAGCAAGGAAGUUAAACAUAAGAAGGCUCGCCAAGCAGCUCGAUCUCCGGCUUGGAUGGCAACCCUCGAAUCGGAGGCCGAGGCUGGUGCCAUGCUGCAACGUCGGUCUGACGAAUCUUAUAUGCUGUGCGCAAUUUUCAAGCCCUACGCCAUGUGCAUGAUAUCCCAUGAUUGGGCAGAGGAUUCAUAG